GAAAGGUAGGUCCAGUAGGACUGCUGGAGGCGGCCACAGCGCCAUGUUGAACGGAAUCAUCACACUCCGUGGAGAUACUCUCGUCAAAGAGCAGUUGUAAACAAAGUGUUAUUCAUUUUCCAAAGAGGGUACACCUGUCAAGAUCGCCCUGGCAAGAAGAGGCCAACUAGAUCCUCGGAAACCCCGGCCGGGGAGGGGGAACAGCCCCCAACCUUCAGCAAUGAAGAUAAACCACAAUAAGCGCUAGCCGGCUAACUUUAGCCUGCUAUUCUAUCAAUAAGCUAGCUAGCCUGUUAGCUCACGCGUUAAUAUCCGCUCAGACACCGGCAACCUGCUCAUAUAAAGCCGGGUAUUGACAUAAGUCGCCAGCAAUAUUUUUCCAGUGUACAGUUUAGCCGCUAGCUUAUUUAUUAUUGUAAAUAUCUGUAAAUCCGUGCGUUAGUUUUUUUUAUUUGCGAUGAGUUUGCCGCCGAAAGCGGUGCCGAAACCAGCCGCUGCCGCCGCUGCUGGAACUGGACCUGGAACCGGGCAGUUAUCCGCGAGCCAACUGCGGACCACCCUCACUACAGUCCCGCUACAGUCGGUGGCUCAACAAGUUUUCCUUAAUUUCCCCUCAAGAUAUCCACGAGUGCCGCCUCCCCUGGACGAGCGAAUCUUCUCAACACAGCCUGUCUCUGCUGUCUACAGUGUACAGAGACCCCCUGGCCCCCCAUUUACUGCACAUGAAAUCAACAAGGGACACCCUAACCUAGCGGCUACCCCGCCGGGUCAUGCCUCUUCCCCUGGACUAUCUCAGGUAUCAGUUUCAACAGUAUCCACUGCGCAUCUCUAUGGUCAUCCUAAAGGCUGGGAGCCAGGAGGAGGGUCUCCGUACACAACGGGACAGAAUGCCGGCACGACCCCUCUGGUAUACUCUCCAACAACCCAGCCAAUGAACGCACAGCCUCAGAGCCGCCCGUUUGCCCCUGGGCCUCGUCCUACCCAUCACCAGGGAGGAUUCAGAUCCAUUCAGUUUUUCCAGAGGACGCAGAUGCAAACGGCCCGGCCCACCAUUCCAAGCAACACCCCACCCAUUCGGCCCACGUCUCAGACCCCCACGGCAGCAGUAUAUUCUCCCAAUCAGCACAUCAUGAUGACCAUGGCUCACAUGCCCUUUCAUUCCCCACAGACAGCGCAGUACUACAUCCCUCAGUAUCGUCACAGUGCUCCACAGUAUGUGGGACCUCCUCAACAGUACCCUGUCCAGCCGACUGGACCCAGUACCUUCUAUGCUGCAGCCAGUCCAGGGGAGUUUCCUGCACCUUAUGCAGCAGGACCUCCCUACUAUCCUGGGCAGCCCGUGUACACACCAUCUCCACCCAUUAUAGUGCCUACACCACAACAACCUCCACCUGCUAAGAGGGAAAAGAAAACAAUCCGCAUCCGAGACCCUAACCAGGGUGGCAAGGAUGUCACAGACGAAAUAUUAUCAGGAGUGGGUUUGAGUCGAAACCCAACCCCGCCUGUGGGACGGCCCUCUUCCACUCCUACACCUCCACAGUUUUUAUGUCCACACCCUCAUUAUCCUCACAUUUUCUACCUCAAAUCCCAGCAGCUGAACAGCCAGGUAGCAGAUCAUGGGCACAUCAUGUAUAAUGUGGACAGCAGCCCGCACCUUCCAGCAUCCUUCAACUUGAAAGCAGACGAUAAGCCAAAACUAGAGUUUUCCUUGCAAAGAACUGCAUCUCCUGGUCUGCGGCAGCCCGACACUCCUCUGGAGAGAAGAGAUCCCAGCAGCCCAGUCCAAACACCCUCCUCUCCCCCACACAAACCUGAGCUUCCCCCCUCCGACUCAGAGACGGCCUCAAGUGUAGCUACAGCCCCGACUCCUUCCAUACCUGCCUCAACAGAAGAGUCAGCUGAUGCCCCGAGCCCAUUAGCUGAGCCCAGUCUCACUAAAGCUAUCACACCUGAACCAGAGAGCUCUGAGCCAGAGAAAUCCUCCUCACCACCACCUCAAAGUCUGUCUGGAUCCCUUACCCAGCACGAAAAAGCCGUCAAUGGGCUCACGGAUGUUGACGCUGCUCCACUGAGUGAAGAAUUGGAAACCCAACCCAGGGAAGCCUCUCCAUUGCUGCCUACUUCCAGUGUGCCCCAGUCAGAGCCCAGGCCAGUCACACCGGUGCUGGAGGAAGAGUCUGAUCCAAUCAAUAUGAACAGUCCUUUGCCUCCUGUUGAGGACGAUGCUGGAUGUCCUGACAACGUUUCCCCCUCCCUCUCCACCUCCACGACUGCUGCUAUCUCCACCACUCCUCCUGCUCCUCCUCCAGGACUCUCGCACCCCAGUCAGGUUUCUGCAGCGUUGGACAGGAGACCCUCUAAUGGAGCAGAGAUCAAAGAAACAGGGAAGGAAAACGAGGCCUUGCCGGACAAGAGAGGAGAGCCUUUCUUACAGUCCAGAAAAAGCUCAAAUCAAGCUACAUCUAGUGCACCAAAGACCUGGAAGAAGCCAAAAGAGGACAUGCCUGUAGGGCAAGAUCAGUGUCCAGACAAAGAGGAGGACACUGAUCAGGCCAGUAUGGAACCUGCUCCUGAAAGCCCCAGUCCUCCUCCUGUGGAGGUGGAGAGGAGGCCAUCAGUAGGAGCAGUGCUCGAGGAGAAUGGAGAACAGGAAGUGGAGCCUUUGAGAAACGGUGCUGAACACACUUCUGAAACUGAGAGCAGUGACAGCAUCCACCCGCCUGCAGUCAAAGAGCCGUUGAUCAAAGUAUUGCCACAGCCUGCAGAGAAGAAUGGAAAGAAGCAGUACAACAGAGACUUCCUGCUGGGCUUCCAGUUUAUGCCUGCAUGUGUGCAGAAACCAGAAGGGCUUCCUCCCAUUUCUGAUGUUGUUCUAGAUAAGAUUAACCAAAAUAAGCUGCCCAUGCGGCCGGUAGACCCACGUGUGCUUUCCAGAGGCCCGGACUUUACGCCAGCGUUUGCGGAUUUCAGCCGACCCAUUUCAGGAGGCAGAGGGGCACCGUUGCUGAAUGUUGGCAUGCGACGGCCACCUGGACGCAAGAUCAUCACAAACGUGUCUGUGAUUGAUGAGGUGCAGCUGAAGACAACAGAGAAUGCCUGGAAGCCUGGCAUGAAGCGGGAAGGUGCAGUUGAAGAUCCAGAUGCCCAGAGAACUCAGGAGCUUUUCCGAAAAGUGCGCAGUAUUCUCAAUAAACUGACACCGCAGAUGUUCAGCCAGCUGAUGAAGCAGGUGACUGACCUCACCAUCGACACAGAGGAGCGACUCAAGGGUGUCAUAGAUCUGGUCUUUGAAAAAGCAAUCAAUGAGCCCAGCUUCUCUGUGGCCUACGGCAACAUGUGCAGCUGUCUGGCCACGUUAAAAGUGCCCAUGACGGAUAAGCCCAACAGCACUGUGAAUUUCCGGAAGCUGCUUCUGAACCGCUGUCAGAAAGAGUUUGAGAAGGACAAGAUGGAUGACGAUGCCUUUGAGAAGAAACACAGGGAGCUGGAGGCAGCUACUGCGUCCAGUGAGCGGGAGAGGCUUCAGGAGGAGCUGGAAGAGGCCAAAGACAAGGCCCGAAGACGCUCCAUUGGCAACAUUAAGUUCAUCGGCGAGCUCUUCAAGCUGCGGAUGCUGACAGAGGCCAUCAUGCAUGACUGCGUGGUGAAGUUGCUGAAAAACCAUGAUGAGGAAUCACUGGAGUGCCUGUGUAGACUGCUCACCACUAUUGGAAAGGACCUGGACUUUGAGAAAGCUAAGCCACGAAUGGAUCAGUACUUUAAUCAGAUGGAGAAGAUAGUUAAGGAGAGGAAGACUUCUUCACGCAUUCGCUUCAUGCUGCAGGAUGUUAUUGAUCUGCGAUUGCACAACUGGGUUUCUCGAAGAGCAGAUCAGGGCCCCAAGACCAUCGAGCAGAUCCAUAAAGACGCAAAGCUGGAGGAGCAGGAGGAACAGAGGAAAGUCCACCAGCAACUGCUUUCCAAAGACAACAAGAGGAGACCAGUGGUGCAGAGAGAGGAGACCUGGAGCACUGUGCCUAUGACUAAGAACAGCAGAACAAUAGACCCCGCCAAGAUUCCCAAAUUCUCCAAGCCAGCGAUAGAUGAGAAGAUUCAGCUGGGGCCGAGAGCUCAGGUGAACUGGAUGAAGGGCAGCAGUGGUGGAGCUGGAGCAAAGGCCAGUGAGUCAGAUGCGUCUCGGCCGAGUGCCAGUUUGAAUCGUUACUCUCCUCUGCAACCCUCGGCACUCCAGACUUCUUCUUUACCCUCCACAUCUCCAGAUUUUGAUUCCAGGAGAGUUCUCGGCAGUCGUGGAAGCUCAGGACGGGAGCGCAAUGACAAGCCAUUGAGUGCGGGUCCUGCUCGGACAGGGCCUAUUUCAUUGAGCAGUAGCAAUAAGGAGACCCCCGAAGAGCUGGUUCAGGAAGUGUCCCGCAGAGACUCCAAUGCUUCAGAUACACCCAAGCUGCUCGUCAGUACUGCAGACAAGAGCAGACUGGAGAACAGCCAACCCAGAGAGUCUGCUGUUAAACUUGAAGCACUCUCAGGGCCCUCUCCAGAUAAACCUGCAUUAUCAGAAGAGGAGAUGGAGAGGCGGUCCAAGUCUAUAAUUGAUGAGUUUUUGCACAUUAAUGAUUACAAGGAAGCUUUGCAGUGUGUUGAGGAACUAGAGCAGUCUGCCAUGCUCUAUGUGUUUGUGCGGGUGGGUGUGGAGUCCACGCUGGAAAGGAGUCAGAUCACGCGAGACCAUAUGGGUCAGCUGCUCUUCCAGCUUCUGCAGGCUGGAGUCCUCCCUAAACUUCAGUUCUUUAAAGGGUUUUCUGAAACUCUUGAAUUAGCAGAUGAUAUGGCCAUUGAUAUUCCCCAUAUAUGGCUGUACCUUGCGGAGCUGGUAACCCCUGUGCUUCGAGAGGGGGGAAUCUCUAUGAGAGAAUUAUUUAGUGAAUUUAGCAAACCAUUACUCCCUGUGGGAAGAGCUGGGAUAUUAUUUUCUGAAAUAUUGCACCUUCUAUGCAAACAAAUGAGCCAUAAGAAAGUGGGAUCAUUAUGGAGGGAUUCUGGGUUGAGCUGGGCAGAUUUUAUACCUGAAACAGAGGAUGUGCACAGCUUCAUCACAGAACAUAAACUAGAGUUCACUCUGUCUGAUGGCUCAAACCCGACCGAGGCUGUCUCUAAGAGAACACUCUCGCCUGAGGAACUGAACAAGCAACUUGAAAAACUUUUACUUGAGGACAUGGUUGGCGAUGAACAAAUCUUCGACUGGGUUGAGGCCAAUCUAGAUGAAUCAGAAAUGAGUUCAGCUCCUUUCGUCAGAGCUUUAAUGACUGCUGUGUGUAAAGCAGCAGUAAAAACUGAGGGCUCCUCGUGUAAAGUGGACUUGUCCAUAAUUCAGACGAGAUUGCCUGUAUUACACAAGUACCUUAACUCAGACACAGAGAGACAGUUGCAAGCACUUUAUGCACUUCAAGCAUUGAUAGUAAAACUGGACCAGCCUGCUAAUUUGCUCCGGAUGUUUUUUGACUGUUUGUAUGAUGAGGACGUGAUCUCUGAAGACGCUUUCUAUAAAUGGGAGGUCAGUAAAGACCCCGCUGAACAGCAAGGCAAAGGUGUUGCCCUGAAGUCCGUCACAGCCUUCUUCACGUGGCUGCGCGAGGCCGAGGAAGAGUCCGAGGACAAUUGACGACAGGACAAACAGGGACACAUUGGUCAACUAGUGCUGAAAAGACAAUAGUCGCUGAAACAAUAACUGCAUCAAAUUAAAAUGUAACAUAACAAGCAACACAUUAUGCAUCAGGAUGGAUUUCCAAUGGUACGGUUCACUGACACGCAGCGACCCGACAACAACUUACAAAUUGCUGGAGCACUAAACAAAAAUGUAUUAUUUAUAGAAAUGUUGCAUUUAAGUUUUUUUUUUAUUAUUUUUUUUUUGUUUUGUUACUUUUUAAGAGGACUUUAAUAAUACAAACAUGCAACAGUGAAACAAAACGUACGUUCAGACUCGUUAAUUUAUUUUUUUUAAGAACCGCAUACACAAAUGCUAUUUAGCAUUCACAGCGAGAGGUGAUCAGUGGGUAGAGAAAUAAUGUUCAUCGUUUUAUUAUUAAUAUAAUGACAAUAACAAUUAUUAAAAUACAACUGAAGUGAUUUUUCAAACUGUGGAGAGAGGUUUUAUUGAGGUUGAGCACAGACGAGAUAUGCUCUGCGUUUAGGACAUCGGUACUAAAGUGUUUAGUACAUGUUUAAGGUUAUUCUCUCAAUAACCAUACCAAAUGUUUCUCUGCUUUAGCUUGUUCUUUGUGAAACAUUUAACCCGGCAGGAACUAUGCAUUCAGGGGACUGCUGGCAUCACAUGAGACGAGAGCUCAGAACGAGCAGACGGGGACGUGUACAAAAACACUAAGGAGAUGUUGCUGAACCUAAAGUGCUUGUUAUUCUUCAUACUGAUAGAGCAAAUUUAAAGCUUGUAAAUAAAUUAAAGACAAAAAAAGAUUCAUAAAAAAUACACAAA